AUGGCGCUGCUCCUGCACCAUCUCUUGGUCGCGUUCAUAUCCCUUGCACUCCAUGCCACAUACGCAUCCCAGGCCUCACUCGCUGCUCCUGAAGCAUCAGGCCAUCCCAGCGCAGUUGGCGCUGACCACCUCGCGCUCAUGGCGUUCAAGUCACACAUAACAAGUGAUCCACUGCAAGCCAUGGUGCCAUGGGGCAACCAAUCCAUCCCCAUGUGCCAGUGGAACGGCGUGGCGUGCGGAUUGAGGGGGCGCCGCCGUGGCCGUGUGGUGGCGCUGGACCUCACCGAUCUCAACCUUGUUGGCACCAUCACUCCUGCGCUGGGCAGCCUCACCUACUUGAGGCGGCUCGACUUAUACAAGAAUCUCCUCCACGGUUCCCUGCCAGCGGAGCUGGGUGAUCUCCAGGAGCUGACAUACCUGAACCUCCGCCACAACUCCAUAGAAGGGCAAAUCCCGGCGUCGCUUUCAAACUGCACAAGAAUCAAGGAAAUCUGGCUCUACGACAACAAACUAGAGGGGCAAAUACCAAGCGAGCUCGGCUUGCUGCGCGACCUUGAGGUACUCGCUGUUGGACGAAAUAGACUUAUAGGGAACAUCCCUUCCAGCAUCACAAGUCUUGUGAAUCUGCAAGUGCUCAUCACAGAAGUUAACAACCUUACCGGAGUCAUCCCGCCAGACAUUGGCAACCUUGUCAACCUCACUGUACUUGGCCUAGGCAACAAUCAGUUCUCAGGGACCAUCCCUGCCUCGAUGGGAAACCUUUCAGCCUUGCAAUUUCUAAGUGUCUCCACAAAUAGCCUAACAGGAAGCAUCCCGCCACUGCAAGGCUUGUUAUCUCUCAUUGAGCUUGAGUUAGAUACCAACAAUCUCGUAGGACACAUCCCACCUUGGUUAGGAAACUUUUCAUCAUUGACUACUUUGUUUCUUAAGGAGAAUAGUCUGGAAGGGAACAUCCCAGAGUCGCUAGGGAACCUCGAGAUGCUUAAGGUUCUUGUUCUGGACGAUAACAACCUUCGAGGCCCUGUACCUCAUUCUUUUGGGAAUUUAUACUCACUUAAUGAGCUCUACAUACAAUACAAUGGACUAGAAGGUCCUUUACCUACUUCAAUAUUCAAUCUUUCCUCUCUUGAAGCCCUUGACAUACAACGCAACAACCUAAAUGGAUCUUUUCCGCCUGAUUUAGGCAAUACUCUGCCAAAGCUCCAAAAGUUCUUAGCAAGUGAAAAUCACUUUCAUGGCAUGAUCCCACCCUCCCUCUGCAACGCCACGAUGAUUCAGUGGAUUCAAACAGUAAAUAACUUUUUAUCAGGAACUAUUCCUGAUUGUCUGGGAGUCCACCAAAAGAAUUUAUCGGUGGUAACUUUUGCGGAGAAUCAGCUUGAAACUAGAAAUGGUUCCGAUUGGGGAUUCAUUUCUAGCCUGACGAAUUGCAGCAGUUUGCUGUUAUUCGAUGUUGGUGACAACAGGCUUAAAGGUGAGCUACCAAAUACAGUUGGUAAUCUUUCCACAAGUCUGCAGUAUUUAAUCACAAAUUACAAUAGCAUAACUGGAAAAAUACCUGAAGGGAUAGGGAAUCUUGUGAACUUGAAGUUCAUUGAAAUGAACAACAAUCUUUUUGAGGGCCCUAUUCCGGACUCAUUUGACAGGCUCAAGAAGCUGAAUCGAUUAUACCUCUCAAAUAAUAAUCUUUCAGGAUCCAUCCCAUCAAGCAUCGGCAAUCUUCAAAUUCUAAAUGUACUGGCUCUUGGAGGCAACGCACUUAGCGGAGAAAUACCUCCCAGUUUAAGCAGCUGUCCUUUACAACAGUUGGAGCUCUCAUACAAUAAUCUUACUGGGUCGAUACCUAAAGAACUUUUCUCUGUCACUACCUUGUCUGAUUCUCUGCAUUUAGAGCACAAUUUUUUAACUGGGGCUCUACCGUUUGAAGUGGGAAAUCUCAAAAAUCUUGGAUUACUUGAUCUUUCUGGCAAUAGGAUUUCUGGAGAGAUUCCAUCGUCCCUUGGGGAAUGCCAUAGCUUGCAGUAUCUCAAUAUGUCUAGAAACUUCUUUCAAGGGAAAAUUCCGCCAUUGCUAGAGAAACUAUUAGGCCUCCAGGUUCUUGACCUUUCCCGUAAUAACUUUUCUGGGAGCAUCCCGAAGUUCCUUGAGAGCAUGAGAGGGCUUGCUAUCUUGGAUCUUUCAUUCAACAACUUGGAGGGUGAUGUCCCAAAAGAUGGAAUAUUUAGCAAUGCAACUGCUGUCUCGAUUUUGGGAAAUGAUGGUCUAUGUAAUGGAAUCCCUGAACUGAAGUUGCCGCCCUGCUCCAACCACUCUACAAAGAAAAAGAAGCCAACAUGGAAGCUUGUCAUAACGGUAUCCAUAUGCAGUGUGAUUCUAUUUAUCACAUUAGUAAUUGCACUGUUCUUGUGCUACUGUAGGGCCAGGAAGACAAAGUCAAACCUACAAACAUCAUUUAUCAAUGAGCAGUACAAAAGAGUUUCUUAUGCUGAAUUGGUCAAUGCAACAAAUGGUUUUGCCUCCGAGAAUCUAAUAGGAGCAGGAAGCUUUGGCUCAGUUUACAAGGGAAGUAUGACAAGCGAUCCGCAGCAACUUGUUGCUGUGAAGGUGCUCAACCUAACACAACGUGGUGCCUCUCAAAGUUUUGUUGCAGAAUGCGAGACUCUGAGAUGCAUUCGACACCGGAAUCUUGUGAAGAUAUUGACAGUGUGCUCGAGUAUUGAUUUCCAUGGCACCAACUUCAAGGCUCUUGUAUACGAGUUCCUACCUAAUGGAAAUUUAGACCGCUGGCUACACCAACAUCGCAUUGAACAUGGUGAACAGAAGGUCCUGGAUCUCUGCACGAGACUACAAAUUGCAAUUGAUGUGGCAUCAGCACUGGAAUAUCUUCAUCAAAGCAAGCCUUUGCCAAUCAUUCACUGUGACCUUAAGCCGAGCAAUGUUCUCCUUGAUAGAGAUAUGGUUGCUCAUGUUGGGGAUUUUGGGCUGGCAAGGUUUCUACAUCAGGAUUCAGAUAAAUCAAGUGGUUGGGCAUCAAUGAGAGGAACAAUUGGUUAUGCUGCCCCAGAGUAUGGCCUGGCUAACGAAGCCUCAAUCCAUGGUGAUGUAUAUAGCUACGGAAUACUAUUGUUGGAGUUGUUGACCGGAAAAAGGCCAACUGAGAGUGGAUUUGGAGAAGGCCUUGGCCUUCGCAAAUAUGUAGACAUGGCAUUGCCAGACAGGGUGGCUACUGUGGCAGAUAGACACUUGCUUCAAGAGGCAAAAGAUGGUGAAGGAAGCACCUCAAGCUCCACAAGCAUUGGAGAUAUGAAAGUCGCUUGCAUCACUUCAAUAUUACACGUCGGAGUUCAAUGUUCAGAGGAGGUACCGACAGACCGCAUGCAAAUCAGUGAUGCUCUUAAAGAGUUACAGGCAAUCAGAGACAAGCUUCGGAAACAUCUACAGUGA